AUGAAAUUAUUUACGGGACUAUUUGUUAUUGCUUUAGUAGUCGUUCUAGCCGAAGGACAACGAGGCGGUCCAGGUGGACGAGGAGGUCCAGGUGGACCAAGAGGCCGAGGUGGACCAAGAGGUCAAAGGGGACAAGGUGGCCCAGGAGGCCCAGGUGGACCAGGAGGACCACAAGGAUUAGGUGGUCUAGGUGGACCAGGAGGCCUAGAUGGACCCAGAGGACCAAGGGGACCAGGAGGCCCAGGUGGUCCAGGUGGCCGCCGUGGUUGUGGUCAAGCUCCUCCUCCACCUCCACCUCCAUUCCUACCCUCAAACUCCACUCUCUCCCCUUCGAACUCAACAGCCGCACCCUCAAACUCAACUAUCACAACCACAACUGUGGCACCUUCAAGUAACUCAACUACCACAACCACAACUGUGGCACCUUCAAGUAACUCAACAACUUCAACAACAGUUGCUUCGCCUUAACGCUUUUUAUGGAUGUAUGAAACUAUUAUGGGAAUCUAAAGAUUAUGUAAAUAAAAAAAAAUAAAUAAGCACUUUAAAUAAAAGAAAUAUCUAACUGACUUAAAAAAGAAGCUGUUAAUUAAAACGUCCU